AACUUUUUUAAAUAGUUUUGGUAUGUAAAAACAUAAAACACUUCAUAAUGAACAGUUGUCGUUUGUGCCUAAAGGAAUUUCUUUUAUUAAAAAAAAGUUUUGAUGUACACAAUCUUAAGGACAAACUGCAGACGAUAUUUACUUUUGAGAUAAAGCCUGAUAAACGACUUUCCGAGCUAAUAUGUCCAGCAUGUGUAUUAACAAUUUCCCACUUUUACGAAUACGCCACUCAAGUGCAACAAAACCAACUGAAGCUUUAUAGCACGAUUGAAAAUGUAUCGAUCAAAGGUAAGACCGCACGGGACCAAAUAUCCGCCGUGGCGUUUGCUUUUGGUUCAAUAUUAACAGAUUUCAAACGAGAUUUAGAAGGAUAUGAACCACUACCAAACAUGGAACUAGCAUUGAAAGGAGACCUUUUCGAAAAGCAAAAAUUGUACGAUGUCCAGGACCAUCUGGUAAAAAUUUAUUUUUGCUUAAACUGCGAGUUAUGUGGCAUUCAGCUUGAAAAUCAAGAUGAUCGCCGAUUCCAUUUUCGCCAGAAUCACCCCAACGAGAAAUAUUACGUAUCCUGCUGCGAUCAACGACUUUCAACGAGGAUUAACAUUAUGCGUCACAUGAACCGCCACUGGAAACGUGGCAUUAAUUCGAGUGGUAAUAAAAAACAGUCUAUCCUUAGGAAGCACAAAGUCACAGACUCAGUGUUCCAGUCACCCAAUUUAGAAUGGCAGACGAAGCUGCAUUAUAAAAAUGGAUUACCUAUCAAAACAACCAAUAGAAUUCGCCAUGUUCCAGCGGAAACGUAUGAAAAGCACGAGCAAGAGGAUGGCAUCAUAGAGUCGUACUACAAAAUGGACUGUGAGCUAUGCGAUUACACCGGUAAUUCCUAUCUUGGGUUGAGGUUUCAUUUUCAAAAGAAUCAUAACGAUGAAGGGUUCUUCAUCACAUGUUGUAAUAGGCGCUUUAGAUAUAAAUGCCACAUUUUAGAGCAUAUCGCAAAACACAAACAACCUCAAGGGGUGAAAUGCAAGCAAUGUGUUGCAACCUUUCCUACCGAACGCUUGCUCAAAGCGCAUAUAACAAGAAAACACAUCAGAGAAGAGGAAAAGUUAUUCCGAUGCGAUCACUGCGAGGCAUCGUUUGCUACUAAAGCACUGCUUGGGUUGCACACUUUUAAGCAUGAAACGGUAACGUGCGACCUGUGCGGUUUGGAAAUGAAACGCGGUUCAAUACGGGUGCACAAGAUCAACGUCCACAAGUUAGGAGAGGAAAUCGUGUGUCACGUUUGUGCCAAAGUUUAUCAUUCUAAGCACUUAUUUAACAGUCAUUAUCGGACCACUCAUUUAAAAAUUCGUUCAAAGUAUAAACGGAAAUCGCGUGCGAAGAAAAGGCCACCCAUAGCAGAUGAACCAACGGAAACGACAGCUAACAUGGUCUGCGCAGUUGACAGUUACGAUUUAGGAUCGGUAGCCGACCAAGAAGGUUGGCAAGAAUAAAGUAGUGAAAUGUACGAAUCAGGAAUUAUUUCGAAAAGAUA